CAUUCGAUCACUUGAUAUUAAAUUUUAACAAUAUUCAUUCCAGACUAAUUCGACCAAGGUAUUAAUUAAGAUAAAAUCCAUUUAUCAUAAAAAUAAAAAAAGAAUUUAAAAUAUUUAUAUUUUCAUAUUUAAAACUCAAACUUGAAACUCGACCGAGCAUUUUGGUCACCUUCUUCCUUCGAACCCCAUUUGUCUUUCACCUCGAUUUAACUCUACUCCACUCUGCUCAAAAACUUCAAAAUCAAUGGCGAAAACUCGGAAAAUCUCGCUUCGAAAUCAAAAUCAAACCCAAAAUGUGCAAUUUAUAGUCGGAGAAACCAAAUGGAAGAUGAAAUUAUCUUCCAAACGAGCCAAAAAUAGUCCUAUUUCGUACAGAAAAAUAUCAGCUAUGAAGGUUACUGCUAUGUUUUCUUUGAUCUUUUUAUGUUUUCAGAAUUUGGGUAUUAACUAGAAAUUUAGGUCAUACUGUAAUUUUUAUUAUUUUGGGUUAUUUCAGAUUGUUCCCUUUUUUUUUUUGUAUGUCAUUCUUGAACUAUGAUGAAUUGAGGUUUCAAAAUUGUUAUGCUAGUGAUUUUUUAUAUGUUUUAUAGUAGAGGGUCCGUACCCCACUCGUAGAAUUACACUCGUUAUGUUGUUGUUAUUGUUAUAAAGUUAAGUAACAAACACUAGAAGUUCUAAUUACUAGAGAGAAAAAGAUUGAAGCUUUAUUGGUUGGAUAAUACUAAUGUGACAUAUCUAUGCUAUAUUAUCAUAUAUGAAUGUUAUUACUAUGUUUUCUUUAUAUCUUUACAUUGGAAUUUUGAUAUGUAUCUUUGUGGUUGGAUAAUUUUAACGGAAACAGCCUCUUUACCUCCCAAGGUUGGGAUAAGGUUUAUGUACACGCCAUCUUCCGGAGACCUCACUAGUGGGAUUAGACUGGCUAUGUUGUUGAGAAUUUUGGGUAAUGCUAGUAUAUUUUUUCGGGGAGUUGCAGACUAUUCCCCGUUUUGAUAUUUAAGUUUCUGGAACUCCGAUGGUUUUUGGUUUCAACGGACUGUAGAAGCUAAAAUUACAAGAGCGACAAUCUAGUGUGACAUCUCUAAGCUGUAUAUUUAUCGUUUUUUUCUUUUUUGGGAUUCUUAGUAUGUGUUUGGACAUCUUAGUUAAAGUUGAAAAAGAGGAUUUUUUUGAACUUGAAUAAUGGUGUCGAGAGGUUGAAGAUGUGUUUUGACAUGCAUUUCACUUGAAAAAAGUUGUGAGUGGGGAAAAUUUUUCACUUGGAAACUAAUUAAAAGAUCAUAUUGAUUUUUUUGUCUCUGAAGCUUAGCAUUUCGAUUUGUUCUCACUGUUUGAAUAUUUGAGUAUUAGUUAGAAUUUGGGCCAUGCUGAUGCCGUAGUUUCUUGGGAGUUACAGAUAAUACACAUCUUCGUAUUUCAGUUCUAGAGCUCCGAUAAAUGGGGUUUUGCUAUGCUAGUGAAAAGAAUACCCGGCAGAAACUGGAAGUUCAAUCCAGUUGAAAAGGGUAAACCAAGAAAAAGAGAACAUAACUUCAAUCUGCAUUUCUGAUUUCUAUUGAGGAAUUAGUUACUCAUUAGAUGAUGACUGUUUGUUCAAAGUGGCUAAGAUUUUUUCCCUUAUCAUUUUUGUUGGACUUCAUUCUCAAACUUGUAAGCUUUUGGUAUUUCAAGAUGUAUCUGAGUAGUAGAACUGUUAUGAAUUGAACAAUCCUAGGAUGAUAUUUACUUCAUAUUAUAGAGGAUUUUUUUUUUUGAUGAAGUAAUUAGUUCUAUUGCAGGCAUCAAGUAGAUGCAUAAUAGUUACAAAAGCGUAGUAGCAAAAGGUCAGCUCUCCUUUACAUUGUUAAUUAAGAGUCAGGGAGCUGACAAAGUUCAGAAAUGAAUCAAGAGAAUCUAGAGGGGAUAAAUAAACCCAACUAUACAAAAACAUGAGGUAGUUAGCUUUUUAAGAUUGGUAGGUAGUUGAUAUUCCGUCAAAGCAUCUUCUAUUCCUUUCGUUCCAGAUACUCCAAAAAAUGGCUGCAGGUAUCAUCUUCCAGAUUCUCUUGAUGGUGCUAUCAACUUUCCAGCAACUCCAACUUAUCACAACAUUCAUGAUAUUCUGAUUUCUGAGGCAUGACCCGUUUGAGACCAAAAAGAGCUGAAAACAUAUUCCACAAGUCUGCUGCUAUUUGACAUUGUAGAAAUAGGUGGUUGUGUGUUUCUGCUUCCUUCAUUCACAUACCAUCUGGUAGCACAUAUAUUAUUAAGAUUUGUCCUCCUAACUUAUCACUUUCAAGAAAGUAAUGCUUUUUAGAUACAGUACACGCAUUAUGCCUGGAACCCUGACUUCAAAUUUUUUUUGUGGAUAUUUUUUGUUACCAUGGAGUACCAUUUGACUAGUGAAUCAUGAAUUGGUUCAUCCACAUGAACACAAUGCACUAGCAAUUUUUCAUGUCAAAAUGAAGCCAUUUAAACACUUGCCCCCCUUUCCCCAACAAACGAAGAAAAAGGAGACAAAUGGAAUAAUGGGGAUAAGUAGUGGUAUAGUGGAGAUAAGAUUAUGAGAAUACUGGAAUGAUUCUUUUCUUAUGACUUAGUUUCCAUAAAAAAAUUAAAGUAAUAGCAUAUAUUUUACAAACAUAUGGCUAUUGGGAGAUUGUAUUAAGUGUUUGUUUAGUUGUAAUACAAAGGAUCAGAUUAUGAUUCCUGCCUUAGGAUGAUAGUCUGCAAAUCGAAGCCUGUAGAAGGAAAAUUUCGGAAAUGAACCCUUCCUAGAUGUACCCCAAGAGUUUUAUGUUUUACUCAACUUAAUAAUGCUGCCAUCUCAUUUAUUUGGUGAUGAGAGGGAAACACUUAUCUUGGAACUUCUACUACUAAAACUCAAAUGAAAGAUAAUUGAAGAACAGAUUUGUCUUUUGGUUUCUCUUAUUACUGAGGUAAGUCAUUCUAACUUCUAUGGGCUUGUAUGUCAGCCCUAGACUAUUCUGGACCUCUAAAUUUAUCCUUUGCGCACUUUUUAUUUCGGAGGUUAAGAUUGCUGGGGAACUAGUAGAAUUUCUUGGCAUUUGAUCAUAUUCAAGUUUGUCAUCUGCGAUUAAUUUAAAAAUUGAAAAAGGAUUUACAAUUUGCUAGCUUCUACUUGGUGCAUUAUGUGGUGUUCAUUUGAUAACUGCUCAUCUUUGAUGUUUUUACAACAUUGUUCUUCCACAAGAAACUUUGUGGAAGUUAUUCACCUUUUCGAUUUUUUUCAAAUUACUUGAAAAUAUUGUCUCUCCGGUGAGCCAAAUCUUUAAGUAUUUUAGUUGUUAAACACGGGAACUAUGUUAUGCCAAAGAUAGUAAGAUUCUGUAGAUUGAUGCUUUUGUUGACUGUGGUGUGGAGCAUUUCGUUCGAAUUUUAUGUCAAAACAUUUCAAAUUGAAUUUUUUGGUACACCAUUUGUGUAACUGGAUGCCUUUGUUUUACUUUAUGAGGUGCAAGGCAAAAGUCUGAUUUAGGAUUAUAAGUUAGUGGGUACAAAGUAUCAUGAACUGCUCCUUUGUGCCCAUGGGUGCAAACUUAUUAUUAAUACAUAUCUUCUAAUGUUUUUUAGCUGUAUAGUAUGAGCGAUAGUAGAGAAUGUGCAUAUGGCAUGGUUGCAUCCUCUAGUGCCAGUCUGUAGAUCUGUUUCAGAUAUCCUCUUGAUUGGUCUCUAGCAAAUAUAGAAAGAUAUGCUUCAUUGCUGUAGUUAUAGACUUGUAGUUCAGCUUAUGCGUAAUUUUCAUUCAUGGGUCUUAUAAUAUUCUUUUGAUACGGAAUGCAGCGUCUUUUAAUGUAAUCUUCUUUUAAUUACAAAAGUUAAAAAAAAGGGGACGAGAUCUCUUUAUUAUAUAUACUUUUUGGACCCGAUGUAGUAGGGACUUGUAGAUCCUAUUCCUAAUAUAGAAAUAUCUGGUCAAAUUCUUACUAUUUUGCUCAUCUUGAAUAUCCCUUGUCAUAUUCUUUUUUACCUUCCCAGAGUUAGCUCAUUAAUCAGACAUUUACUGUUUGCUUGCUUUAAAUGAUUAACGAUUUUAAAAACAAAUAUAAAGUGUCUAAAUAAAGGAACAACAGGCACUAGAUUAAUUUUUCUCCACAAAGUAAUUUUGCUGUAUUAAUCUUGGUUAGUUAGUCAGUGACCGUUUCAAAAGUCUUAUAUAUGUGUGAACAUUUGUUGCUUUCCUCCAUGUUGAUGUGCACCUUAACAUCUAGAUCAAAAAAUCGUUGCGGUCAUUCUGUUUGAGUGUGCCACCUGCCUGUUACCUUUAAUAGUCACUCACUACUGUAGUUAAAAUUAACAACAACAAUAUACCUAGUAAAAUCACAUAGAGUGGGAGGUUAGAGUGUAUCCAGUUACCAUACCUCUUGGAGGUACACUAUAGUUAAAUUAAUAGCUGAUUAAUGAAGUAGGAGUCUUGUGCCAUUUUUGUUAACCAAGUGUCAAGGGCUACAUAAAAUUAUAUAAGAUGCACCAAAUAUUUAUGUUGGUCUUUGUCAUAUAUGGAAGUUGUCCAUUUUGGGAGAACUCUUCAGAAACUACCCUUUCGUGUCAAACCUUUCAUCGUGUAGAUCCAACAAAAUGAGCCUCAACCGAACAUGCAAUAGCUCCUUCUGGACUAAGGAGGAAGACAAAGCAUUUGAGAAUGCUUUGGCUUUAUUUUCUGGAGAUAGUGAUAAAUUUCUGAAGAUCGCUGCUGCUGUUCCUGGGAAAUCUCUUCAAGAAAUUAUCGAUCAUUAUAAUGUAUUAGUGGAAGAUGUUAAUGACAUAGAGUCUGGCAAAGUUCCGCUACCUAAAUAUGAGAGAAUGCGAAGUUCUUCUAGCCGCAGAAGGAGAUCAUCGGGAGCAGGGGUAGAACGGCGAAAAGGGGUUCCUUGGACUGAAGAGGAACACAGGUCAUUUCUCCAGGGGUUGGCAAAACACGGAAAGGGUGAUUGGCGGGGUAUAUCAAGGAACUUUGUGUUUUCUAGAACACCAACACAGGUGGCAAGCCAUGCCCAGAAGUACUACAGUCGAUUAAAUGGCAAUAACACAAAUAGGAGAAACAGCAUUCAUGAUGUCAGUAGUGUGGGUGCUGCUAAUAUUACUGAACCUUCACAACAAAAAUCUGACGAGUUGACAGGACCUUGUGGAGGACAAUCGCAGUUGCCAAUUGCCGACUAUGUGACUGAAGCUUUUGAAGCAGGCAUGCUAUCUUUACCAGGGCCAGUUACAAACUGCACGACUGAUGCUUUUGAAGGACCAUCAGCUGUUAACCCCGAGAAAUUCCCGCUUGGUGCUGCUCUUGGUAGUGACUUGAAUAGCUCAUUUCCCCGCGUGGAUGAGUUCCUGCAAAGUGUAGAAGACCUAAUCAUCGUACCAGCAGAAGGCACCUCUGGAGUAUGCUGUGAGGUUGACUCUAGGACAUCUCCAUCACUUAGCAUGCAACCAUCAGUUACUGGUGGAACCGGAAUGUACACUCAUCCAGUUUCAUUUCCCGACGUGCAUGAGUUCCUGCAAGGUGUAGAAAACCUAAUCACUGUACCGGGAGAGGGUGCCUCUGGAGCAAACCGUGGGAUUGACAGUAGGAUAUCUCCAUCACUUAGCUUGCAACCAUCAGUUGCUGGUGGCACCAGAAUGUACCCUCAUCCAGUCAAUGUACCGGCAGAGGGAACCUCUGGAGUGAGCCAUGGAGUUGACACUAGGACAUCUCCAUCAAUUAGCUUGCAACCAUCAGUUGUUGGUGGCACCAGAAUGUACCCUCAUCCAGUCAAUGUACCGGCAGAGGGCAUCUCUGGAGCGAGCCAUGGGAUUGGCGCUAGGACAUCUCCAUCACUUAGCUUGCAACCAUCAGUUGUUGGUGGCACCAGAAUGUACCCUCAUCCAGUCAAUGUACCGGCAGAGUGCAUCUCUGGAGCGAGCCAUGGGGUUGACACUAGGACAUCUCCAUUACUUAACUUGCAACCAUCAGUUGUUGGUGGCAGCAGAAUGUACACUCAUCCAAUCAUCGUACCGGCAGAGGGCACCUCUGGAGCGAGGCGUGGGGUUGACACUAGGACAUCUCCAUCACUUGGCUUGCAACCAUCAGUUGGUGGUGGCACCGGAAUGUACACUCAUGCUGUCAAUAAUGUUAGGUAUGAUCUGGAAGAGCUAAUGACCAAGCAGUUGGUUGGAGCUAGUCAAGUAGGUCCUACCAUUAACACUGCAAGUUUGCCAUCACCAAUUGCUGAUCAUAUUGGAGUCCGUGGUUGUACAACUUCUAGCAGUGCCGCUAGGAAUGAUUUUGCGAGUACCAUGGAAGCUCCUGGGGAAGGUUUUUCUGUUGAUUCCAUGCAGAUGCCAUCAAUUCCUGACCAUAUUGGAGGUGGAACUUACCCAUGUUGGGAACCUAGCAGCAAGGAAGACAGUAUCUUUGAUCUGGAAGACCUAUACACAGAUCACAUGUUUGGGUUUCACAAAUGAGCCAAUGCAGCCGAGGCCUAUUACUUCACAAACUCUCAUUCCAUUACGCGUUCCUUGCCCAGCUUGUUCAUUUGCAGCAUCUUCUAUUGCUCCUUCCUAUCGUCAUGUCCUUCUAGAGACGUCUCUCUUAACAUAUCCAGUACUGGUUCUAUUUGUGUAUGUAGUGUAUGGCAUAACAAACUUUAUCAGUAGCUUAUGUACAUAGAACUACUCCCCAUCCCCCCCUACCCCUACCCCCACCCCCACCCCCACCCCCAUUUCCCUUUCUGUCAUAUGGUGUACUAGCAUGUCUUUAAACUCUUUGUUCAUAAUAAAAUGGCAUGCUUUUAGUAGUUUUGAAUUUUA